ACCGAUAAGAAUCUACGUAGAUGCCGGAAGAAAACAGAGAAAUCGAGCAACGUUCCUGGAGGACUAUGUGCCAUUUUAUGCCAGCAAGAUGACGACGGACAGUGGAAAAUGUGUCACGUAGCCAACCGUGCCCUAACUGACGUUGAGACAAGAUACGGACAGACUGAGUUAGAAGCAGCUGCGAUCAAGUUUGCUUGUGCUGACGCCCUUUAUAAGUACUUGGUUGGAGCGCCAAAGUUUGAAAUCUUUACGGAUUGCAAACCGCUUGUACAUUUCUUCAACAAUCCAACCUCAAGAGCACCACUUUGUAUCGAGCGACAAAUUCUCGCCAUUCAAGGUUUAGACUAUGUGGUCAAGUAUCAGAAAGGAGCUGAGAACAUCGCGGAUUAUGGAUCAAGACCCCUUCCCAUGGUGAAGUCCGUAAACGAGUUAGAAGAAGGAUUACGAACUUCUGUUUCUGAAGACAACGAGUACCUUUCCAGAAUGGCAAAAGACGUCAAUUGCAAUGAUUACCAAUUCCUAAAAGAAGUAAUUCAAAGCAACCUCCGGAAGAAACACGGAAAAGACCCGAGAGUUUCAAGAUUCCUUGGAAUAGCGUCCGUCUUAUCUGUUGUUGGAGAAAUCAUCCUGUGUAAGGACAACGUAAUUCCACCUUUGAGCAGUCGAAGAAGAUUUGUUGAGAAAGCACACAAGAUUGGGCUCUCGGGAGAGACCCGCACGCUGAAACUUCUUCAAGAAAAAAUUUGGGUUUCCUGGAAUUGUUAA